CUUGCACGUUGUCAUUGACGGAGAGGUGCAGAAUGACUCGUGUUUACAGUGAAAAGAAGUUAAUGCACCAGCACAAGAUGUCCGCUCGCUCUGUGUUUGAUGGCGCCGUGUUUGUGUCAUCCGAAAGGAAGCUUCUAGAGGAUUUCAAGCGAGACUCGCACCCUGAUAAAGUGAAUCUGGCAGGGAGGGAGUAUGUUGGAGAGCACGGACACACCACAUGGCUUCCUCUUGUACGAAAAAUCAAGCAGCAAAUUGCCACAGACCCGACUCUAACCCCAGAGUACCCACCCAUCCUUGGGAUCCCAGAAUUCACCAAGAGGGCAACUGAACUUGCACUAGGCAAAGAUAGCCCCGCCAUUGUGGAAAGCAGGGUGUUCGGCGUCCAAACAGUUGGAUGUACUGGAGCAAUGCGUCUGGGUGCUGAAUUACUGAGAUCCUGCUACUGUUCAGGCUCUUCCUGGAGUGGACCCAUCCUGCUCUCCUCUCCCUGUGAUGACUCACUGGUAGGCACCUUUAAGGCAGCAGGGAUUGAGGAUGUGCAAUAUUAUCGAUACUGGGAUGCUGAAUCCAAUGGAGUGUGUGUGGAAAACAUGGUGCAUGACUUGGAGAACGCUCCGGAACGAUGUGUGGUCGUCCUGUUUGCUUCAGGCCACUGUCCCACUGGUGCUGAACUUUCCCAAGAGGACUGGAAACGUGUGGCUGAAGUCAUGCUGAAGCGCCAGUUAUUUCCAUUCUUCUUGAUGUCUGCCCAAGGCUUAUGCAGUGGUUCUCUUGAGCAAGACGCCUGGCCUGUUCGCCACUGUGUGUCUUUGGGGCUCGAACUUCUCUGCGCUCAAUCUUUUUCUCACAACUUUGGGCUUUAUGGUGAGAGAGUGGGGCAUCUGCUCUGCGUGUUAAAGCAGAACCUGCUGGGUGUACGAUCUCAAGCUGAGAAACUUGUUCUGAUGCUUUGGUCCUGCCCACCGAUGGAAGGAGCAAGGGUUGUUGCCACUGCAUUAAGCAAUCCUGCCCAUCUUGUUGAGUGGCAGGAGAGUGUGAAGGCCAUCGCUGAGCGCUGCAUGCUAAUACGAGAGCGUCUGCGUGAGAGACUGAGGCUCUUGGGUGGUCCAUGGCAUUGGGAUCACAUCAUAAAACCUGGAGGGUUUUACUGCUGUUUUGGAUUCAAUACUCAGCAGGUUGAGUUUCUGGUUCAGAAGAAACAUAUCUACUUGUUACCCAACGGGUGUCUGAAUGUGAGUGCCAUUAACAGCCGUAACCUAGAUUAUGUUGCUGAAUCCAUACAUCAAGCUUUAAGCUCUUAACUCUAAUCUCACUUCACGCUGAAACUUCAGCUCUUCAUCUGUAGUAUAGCUUUCAUCAGCUGUGCAUUGAGAAUGUCUGUCUUUGAAUCAUGUACAUUUCAAAUAUAUUGAAAUGGACUGUUAACUUUCUUAGGCUUAACUUGUAAAGCAGACAGAGCUGCAAUCUACUUUACUGGUUUCCCAUUUUCCAAUUAUUAGUUGUUUUGUUUGUUGUGGUUUAUUUAUAGGACAGACUGUUUUUGUUAGGGCAGAAAGAAGUAACUCCCCAGAAAGAAAAGUACAUGUGUAUAUCACCCACAGUGUGAUGCCACUUAAUAAGCAACAUUCUCACAUUUCUCUCUCAUAGAGUGUUCAUUACCAUAUUCACAUAUCAGUAUCCAAAACAUGUAAUGACAUGUUCUAAACUGAAAGAUAUCUUUUUUUUUUUAAACCAACUGUUGUUUAUUUAUUUUCCAGUUUUUGAAGAUGAGACAAAACGCAUAAAUAUACAGUGCCUUGCAAAAGUAUUCAUACCCCCCCUUUUUUUCUCCCACAUUUUGUUAUGAUGCAGCCUUAUGUUAAACUGCUUUUAAAUUAAUUGAUUAAUUUUUUUGUUUUUUUACAUCAAUCUACAAGCUAUAAACCAUAAUGAGAAAGCACAAAACAGAGUUGUGACAACUUUGCUAAUUUAUUAAAUAUAAAACACUCAAAAAAAAAAAGAUACAUUGCAUAAGUAUUCAUACCCGUGAGGCAGUACUUAAUUGAAACACCUUCACCAAGUCUUUUUGGAUAUGAUGCGAAGUUUUGCGCAUCUGCAUUUGGCAAUUAUCUGCUAUUCUUCUCCUCACCUCUUUACCUCUCAAGCUCUGUCAGCUUGGAUGGGGCCUGGCAGACUUUUUUAGUUUUUUUCAGAAAUGUUUGAUUGUGUUCAAGCCCAGACUGUGGCUUGGCCACUCAAGGACAUUCACAGAGUUGUCAAUAAGCCACUCUUGCUGUGUGCUUUGUUGGUCAUUGUCUUGUUCGAAGGUGAACCUUCUGCCCUGUCUGACGCUGAAAAAAAGCCCCACAGCAUGAGGCUGCUACGAUUACACUUAACUGUUGGAAUGGUACUCUGCAGGUGAUGAGCAGUGCCUGGCUUCCUCCAUACAUAAUGCUUGGAAUUGAGGUUCAUCAGACCAGAGAAUCUUGUUUCUCACAAUCUGAGAGUUCUUUAGGUGCUAUGUUGCAAAUUCCAAGUGGGUUUUCAUGUAUCUUCACUGAGGAGAGGAUUGAGUUUGGCCACAUCACCAUAAAGCUUAGAUCAGUGGAGUGUUACAGUGAUGUUUGUCCUUCUGUAGGUUUCUCCCAUGUGCAUAUAUGAUCAUGGAACUCAACUUAAGUGACCACCAGCAUCUUGGUCACCAGUCUAACCAAGGUCCUUCUCCAUCAACUGUUCAGUUUGGCCAGGAGGCCAGCUCUAGGAGGAGUCCUAAUUGUUCCAAACAUCUUCCCGUAUGGAUAACGUCUCUGAGCUCUACAGGCAGUUCUUUAGACCUCAGGGCUUGGUUUUGCUCUAUGCAUUUUCAACUGUUAGACCUUUUAUUAAGAGGUGUGUGCCUUUCCAAAACAUACUCAUUUAAAUGAAUUUGCCUCAGGUUAACGUCACUUUAAGUGUAGUAACAUCUAUAAGCAAAAUGAGUGCUCCUGAGCUCAAUUUCAAGUGUUCCAGAAAAGGGUAUCAAUACUUAUGCAGUGGAAUAAUUUCAGUUUUUUUAUUUCCAGUAAAUUUGCAAAGUUGUUACAAACCUAUUUUGUGCUUUGUCAUUAUGGUGUAUGAGUAGACUGAUGGGGGGGAAAAGGUAAUUUUAAGCAUUUUAACAUAAAGCUGCAACACAAAACGUUAAAAAAAAAAUGAAGGGGUAUGAAUACUUUUGCAAGGCACUAUACAUAUAUAUAUAUAUAUAUAUAUAUAUAUAUAGGGUUCCUCCUAUCAGUCGGAAUGUAAAGGGUUAACAAACCUGUACUUACAGUUGCAUGAACAUGACCAUUUCCCUUCUGUAGCACUACUGGGUAAUAAAAGUAAAUAGCCUGUUUUAUUCUUGUAUAAUAAAAAAAAAAUGCCCAAGAUGCUAAUAAA